AUGUUACAUGGAAAAAUUGUUGUAAUAAAAAGGUCAGGUGCAGAUGGAGCACAGUUUCCAUUAACUGCUGAAACCUGUGUGUUUGGCAGGUCCAGUGAAUGUGACAUAAGAAUACAGCUGCCAAAUGUAUCAAGAGAACAUUGUCGAGUGACCGUGGAAAAUGGUGAAGUAUAUCUAACUAAUCUGAGUGACUCUAAUCCUGUCUCUCUGAAUGGAAAAAUCCUGGAUGGGAAGAAGAAACUAUCUAACAAAGAUGUCUUCACAAUCAUAGACAGAUCAUUUAGACUUGAACUUCCUGGGAACAUGCGCAGUACAUCUCCAAAAAAGACCCCCGUCAAAUCUCCACACAAGAUGAAGACCGACUCCAAAAUCCUUACCCCUAAGAUUAAACCACCAAGUGGAACACCUCAAAAGCCUAAUACACCUUCAGCCAAAAGCCCAAACAGGCGUAUUUCAUCAGCUGCACCCAAGUCUCCAGGCUCAAAUACUGCUGCCACUCCGAAGGCAAAAGCAAGAUCUCCUUCUCCAAGAAAAACACCAGUGUCUAAUUUAAAGACACUGGUAAUUUCUGAAACUCCAGCAAAAUCCCCAGUAAAGAAGGUGGCAACCCCAAAAUCUCAGCCCAGGUCGAGAAGUGCUUCACCAAAAGCAAAGGUAACCCCUGCUAAAACUCCAAAAUCAGGAAGAAAAUCUAGGAGUGCUUCUCCGAAAGCCAAGACACCGAACAAGUCACCCAGAGCCAAGACUCCUGUUGCUUCGACAACUCCAGCUAUAGCUGCUGAGGUACCCAAGACAACACCUAAAACAGGAAGAAAAUCUAGGAGUAUAUCACCCAAAGUUGAAACACCUAUAGUGUCAACUCCAGCAAAACCUACAGAGAUAAAGACAACCCCUAAGCCAGGAAGAAAAUCUAGAAGCACUUCUCCUAAAUCCCAAACUCCAAAAAGUGCAACUCCUAAAGCUAAGUCUCCAAAGGCUAAGUCACCUAGAAGGAGUGCAUCUCCAAAGGCUAAAACUCCUAAAGUUGCAACUCCUAAAGCAAGUUCUCCAAAGGCCAGGUCACCUGGAAGAAGUGCAUCUCCAAAGGCUAAAACUCCUAAAGUUACAACUCCUAAAGCCAAGUCACCUGGAAGGAGUGCAUCUCCUAAAGCCAAAACCCUAAAAGUUGCAACUCCCAAAGCAAGAUCACCUGGAAGGAGUGCAUCUCUUAAGGCUGAAACACCUGGAACCUCAACUCCAAAGGCACAAACUCCUGUAGUGUCUACUCCUGCUGAAAAGGCUGAAGUAAUUGAAACUCCCAAGUCUGGUAGGAAAUCAAGAAGUGUUUCACCUAAAAGCAAGACUCCUAAGGCUUCACCGAAGACAAAAACACCUGUAAAGUCUAUCACUCCUGUAAAAGAUGUUGAGGAACCAAAACAAACUCCAAAAUCAGGAAGAAAAUCAAGGAGUGUUUCACCUAAAGCCAAGACCCCCAAGGCAUCACCUAAGACUCCUGUGGUAUCUACAACUCCAGCAGUAACUUCUAAAGAAACUUUGUCCACACCUAAGGCAGGUAGAAAGUCCAGGAGUGUUUCACCAAAGGCUGCAACACCUGCAGCCACCCCAAAAUCUGCACAGAAGGCCAGGUCACCUAAAUCCAGGACCCCCUCUCCAAAGGCCAAGACACCAGUUAAGUCACCAGCUACUCCUAAAGUUUCCAGUACUGGUAAGAAAUCCAGAACACCCUCACCAAAAGCUGCUGUGUCUGCAAACACCACACUGGAGUCCCCAAGCACCAGUGGAUGGACACCAGUUGUGAAUAAAAAGAAAAUGGAAAGAAGAUCUCUGCCAGUUGGAGGGCCAUUAAUAACUACAGCAUUACCUAAAACACCUGGCAGUUCUGGAAAGAAGAGAAAGUCCACAGAUACUUUGGAGUCCAAGUCAAAACGAUCAAGGGUGUCAUUUGGACCCAAACUCAGCCCUGAGCAUUUCUUAAAGACACUUCCUCCAUCUACACCUGUAAGAAAGGGAGCAACCCCUAAACGGCAGGUGACUAACACAGAGUCACUGAAACCACUGCUGAAAAGGAAAUCAAUUGCCACUGCCAAGAAGUCACCCAUUAAAGAGGAGAGUCCACGUAAAUCUCCCAAGGCUGUUGGUCGUUCUCCAAGGAGUCCAAAGAAAGGAAAAUCUCCACAACCAAAAGCAAAGAGUCCAAGGGCCUCACCAAAGGCUUCAGCUCAGACAAAAUCACCAGAAGUGAAGACUGUCACCUCAAGCCCCAAGAGUCCUUCUGAAAGCAAAUCGCCAGCCAAGUCUGCAACACCCACUUCAUCACCGAAAACUCCACCUGGAAGUAAAUCACCUCGAGGUAAGCCAGCAACCCCUAGAAGUGCAUCUCCAAAGACUCCACGUAGCAAAUCACCACAAGAAACACCAAUUUCCACUCCAGCAGCACCUUCCCCCAAGUCUCCAGCCCAACAGAAAUCACCAAAGGCAAAAUCUCCUGUGCAGAGUAAAACUCCACAAGCUAAGGCCAAGUCCCCUAAAGCUACCCCUAAAAAAUCACCAAAAAGUCCCAAGAAGGCUGCAUCUACAGGGUCCUUGGAUGAAUCCUUAGGACUGGAUAAUUUGUUUCAAUCACCAAGUGUAGUUGCAAGUACCCCAGCUGUUGGUAGCAGUAAGAAGAGGAGAUCAGCUGUGUUGACCACCUCUCAGUCAAAGAAAAAAAUGGAGGGCAGAAGAGCAAGCACAGGAAAUCUUGUAGGUGUUAAGAGAUUACUAAAGACUCCUAAAAGGUUGGCAGACACCAGCUAUACUGGCAUUUCUGCAAUGAUGGAAACACCAAAAUCUGCUUCAGUAAAGAAGACCACUCCAAAAGUCAAAUCUGCCAAGACUCCAGCAGAGACAAGCUACACUGGUAUUGCUGAAAUGAUGGCUACUCCUAAACAAAAAGCAGCUUCCAUAAAGAAAAAGACUCCCAGAAUGAUUGUUGCUUCCCCAGUUGUACAGAAAAUUGAUGCUCCUAUGGCUGAUCUAAGAAAAGCAGUUGCCAUCCGAGCAAUUCAUGGAAAAGGGGCAACCCCAAAAUUGCCAAAGAUGGCACCUAAAUCGUGGGCAGAUGUAGUGAAGAAAGGUGUGCCCAAAAAGGUUGUUCCUUUACAGGCCAAGAAGGUUAUGCAUUUGAAGAGAAUAGCAAAGAGUGCCAAGAAGAAUAAAAGGAAGUCCAUUGCCAAGACACCAAGAACCAAGGCAAGAGCAACUGCACCAACUACCGGGCAUGCAGAUUCCCCAGUGACUAUUGUCAUAGGCAAGAAGAGAGUCAAAACUCCUACUGCUUUACCUAAGAAAGGAAGAAAGUCGGUUGGAAAGUCCAAGGCUAUAAAGAACAAGGCAGUCAGCCCAUCAGGAGUCAAAGAAUUGUUUGCCACACCCAAAGGGAAAUCUCCAGCAGGCACCCCAUUGAGUACAGGAACACCCAACUCUCUAUUUUCUGAUCUCCCAGAUACUCCCAUUGGACCUGGAGAAAUGGCUGUGUCACCUCUGUCAAACAGCAUUGCUGCAGCAAGUCCUCGUCUUGGUGGCAUGAAGAGGCUCUUUGCUCAGCCUAAGAAUGUACAAUCUCCUACAAGUCCACUGGGAAUCAAGAAUUUAAUGAAGACUCCUGGAUCUUCAAGACCCUCAUCAGCCAAGAAAAUGAGCCCCAAAGCUUUAUCGACCAAGAAAGCAAAGAGUCCAAAAGCUUCAUCAGUGAAAAAAUUGAAGAGCCCUAAGACCACAAAAUCUAAAUCCCCAGCAACAAGGAGAGGGACAAAAAGGGGAACCAAAGUUUUAGCCACCCCACCACAGCCCACAAAGAAGAUUCGUGUGGAGGCAACCCCAGAGGAAAAAUCUGUCGCCCCAGAAGUAACAGCUGCUUUAGCCACCCCUGCCUCCCCAGCUCCUGCUAAAUCCCCUGUAGCUAAAAGAGGAGGCAGAGUAGCAGCAAAGAAGACUGCUGCCAGAAAAGAAACCCCAGCUAAGCAAAAGAAAGAUACCCUGAAAAAGAGAGGAAGACAAGCUCAGGCAACUGUUCCUGUGUCACCUGCAACUGUGCAGACAUCCCCCAAGCCAGUGGCCAUUGUAGCACCAAUGAGUGCUAAGAAAAAAGUCGAAGAAGAGGUGGUGAAACCAGUCAAAAAUGGAAAAGAUAAAGAGCCUGUGGUGAGCAUCACGCCAAUGAAGAAAGCAGUAGAGAAAGAGCAUAAACGUGCCACAAAGGCUUCUGCUAAGAAAGUAGCAACACCUGUUAAAGAAUCUCCCAAACCCACAACUAAAAAGCAUGCUACUAGAGGAAAAGCAGCUUCUAAAGAAGCAAAUGAAGAGAAAGAGAGUACACCUGUUAAAGUUAGUCCAGUAAAAGGUAGAGCCACUAGGGGGAGGAAAGCUGCAGCAAAACCUACACCAAAGAAAGCAGCUUCUCCUGCAAAACCAGUUGCACAAAAAAGAGGGAGAGAAGUAGCUAGAGAGGAUGAUGUUGAAGCUGCUGCAAAACGUCAGAAAAUAGAGGAACCUACCUCCCCUGCUAAGGAGAGUCCGGUGAAGGGACGAGCAACUAGAGGCAGGAAGGCAGCAACUGCGAAAAAAGUUCUGCCCAAAAAGGCAGCUAAGGCAGCCUCACCUGUCAAACUAACAACACCAGCAGCUAGUCCCAAGAAGAGGACAGUUAGGGGAAAGAAAGCUGCAGAAGCCGAGACACAAGAAGUAAUUGCAACAACUCCUGCAGUCAGUCCAAAGGCUACCAGAAGAGGUGGUAGGGCAGCCGCUGUGAAGAAAGCAACUCCUCUAAAAGCAGCACCAGUGAAAACUGCAGUAAAAGAGAAAGUUGCCACACCAGUAGUUAGUCCUAAGACCACCAGAAGAGGUGGAAGAGCAAAGAAAGCAACUCCUCAGAAAGCAGCACCAGUGAAAUCUGCAGUGGAAGAGAAAGUUGCCACACCAGUGGUUAGUCCCAAGACUACCAGAAGAGGUGGAAGGACAGCUAUUGGAAAGAAAGCAACUCCUAAAAAAGCAGCACCAGUGAAAUCUGCAGUAGAAGAGAAAGCUGCAACCCCAGUAGCAAGUCCAAAAAAGAGCAGAGUAACCAAGCGAAAAGCAGAAAAAGAAGUUACUCCAAAGAAGGAAGCACCAGUUGCAGUAAGUCCAGUGAAAAGAGGUAAAGCUGCUAAAGCAACACCUAAGAAAGCUGCCUCUCCUGCUGUUUCUCGUAAAAGAGCUACCAGGGGAAAAGCAUUAGAGGGCCCAAGCUCACCCAAACAGCAGAAAACCAUUGAAGAGCCAGUUGUUGUCAGUCCUGUAAAAGCAAGGAGAGGGAGAGGAAAGGCUGUCGUAACAAAAGCAGCAACUCCUAAGAAAGCAGUGAAAAGCAAAGCUCCAUCUCCAGUUAAAGAUGCACCUGCAGAAGUAACAUCAGAAAGCCCUGUCACAAAAACUACUCGAGGCAAGAAAGCUGCAGCCCCAAAGCAAAGUAAAGUUGCUUCUCCAGUAAAAGAAGCAAGUCCUGUAAAAUCAAGAGCUACCAGGGCCAAGGCAACAGGGAAGCCUGCCAAAACAACACCCAAAAAAGCAGCAAAAAGCAAGACAGCUGCACCUCAGAAAUCGGCUCCCACUCCUAAAGUUUCCCCCAAGAAAACUAGAGGCAAAGCUGUGGCAAAAUCACCAACUCCAGCUAAAAGGACGACACGCUUACGGAGGAAGUGAAGGGUGAUUUCUGAAAUUUUUUGAUAGCCAAUUUUUCAUAUGAAUGAUGUAUUUUAUGUAUUUAUUUAGACCUUUUUUUUUUUUAUAAAUGGCAAAUUCAUCAAAUGUAGCUGAAAUAAUUAUAUAUUUAUUGGUGAAAGUAACAAGAUUUUUAAGAGCAAGCAAUCUUUUACAAAAAAGAAAAUGUGUUCAGGCAGCAGCCACAGAUGUGUUCAUUAUAAGAGUAUUUUAUGUAAGUUUUGGAUGUAAAUUCUUGUCCAGUUUGGACAUAAUUUGGAAAUAAUCUUACAAGAUGAAAAUGUCCAUUUUACUUUUCAUUGGCAAAUAAGAUUGUAUAUUUAUUCUGUGUACAUUGUGAGAGAGUAGUCAGUAUGCAUGAAAAGUCUGGAAAUUUUAAAAUUGUAUAGAUAUUUAUGUAUAGUCAUCUCAAUACUUUCUUUUUCUCUCUUUCCUUUUCAACCACUUUUUCAUGUAUUGUGUUCCAGAAACAUUACCCAUUUUUAUGCUAUCAUUUUAUUAAUCAUUCAUUUUAUACUCGGCUUGUUUAGUUUGAUUUAUAGUGUUGUAGCCAUAAUUUUAUCAUCUUAUAUUUUAAGUAGUGCAGAUCAUUUCCUCAUUGUUUGUGUAUGUAUCUUUUGUCCAUGUGCAUUGAUAUUAGUAUUUAUGUAGGGAAAAUAGUAGAAUAUGGAGAAAAUAAGCCAGCUAAGCUGGGAACAGUUUUAGUAUAUUAUUAAUUAGGAUUUUGUCUCGCAUCCAUUUGUUAUGGUGCCACUACAACCAGCCUUCAAUGUAAUCAGUUUUUGGACAAAAGUUUAAUCAUCAGAUUUGACAAAAGAUUAAUUUUAUUAUCCAGUGAUAUUUUCAAACUUGAUCAAAAAUUUACGUAAAAAAAGAUAAGCGAUACCAUUUGCCAUUUUUUGUAGCUUGGUUUCACCUUUUGGAUGAAAGAAUAAACUAUGAAAAUAA